UUCGUGUGUUGUGAUAACAUUCAAUAUAAAAUUUUUUUAUGGCAGCCUUGGACUUACAAAAAUGUGAAUUUAUACUGAAUAACUCAUUUCUAUUUACAAGAGGUUCUGAAAAGUGAACAUAACUAUGCCAAGUAUUAAACAAAGUGGAUCACUCAGUUCCUUGGCAGACAGACAAGAUGUGUCAUUAUCUAGCCUUACCAGCUAUGCCAGGAAGUUGGAUACUGUCGCUGGUCAAGCCAAUCGUCGCAGUGACAACAAACAUGUGGAAUUCACUGAGAGUGACAGGCCAAAAAGUGCCAGUUCACCAAAGAAAAAGCGGAAAAAGAAAAACCCUAUUGUUGUUAAUUUAAGUGGAACAAGAUAUGAAGUCAUUCGUCAGAUGGCAGAAAAACUUGGUUUUACACCCUCAAAAGAUGAUGAUCCUAAUGGAUACUUGAUAUGGAAUGAUUCAUUUGUAUCAGCUGAACGGAUCAACGAGUUAAAACCAUUUCAAAGAAUCAAUCAUUUUCCUGGAAUGGGUGAAAUAACCAGAAAAGAUUGCUUAGCUCGUAAUAUGUUAAAGGUGUCCAAAGAAUUUCCAGAGGAAUAUAGCUUUAUUCCAAAGUCUUGGAUCCUACCUUCAGAUUAUAGUCAAUUGGUUAAUUAUUCCAAAGACCUGAAAAGUAAAAAGAAGUCUAAAACAUUUAUCAUCAAACCUUCCAAUGGUGCACAAGGGCAUGGAAUUCAGCUGUUUAAAAAUGCUGAGAAGAUCCCAGCAACAGAACAUUUUAUUGUACAGGAAUAUAUAGAGAAACCCUUUCUGUUAGAUGGUUAUAAGUUUGACCUGCGUAUCUACGUUCUGAUAACCUCAUGUGAUCCUUUACGUGUGUUUUUAUUCAAUGAUGGAUUGGUUAGAAUGAGUACAGAAAAGUACCAAAACCCAGCGGAAUCUAACAUUAACCAUAUGUAUAUGCACCUUACAAAUUAUUCUGUGAACAAACAUAAUGAGUACUACGAGAAAGGUGAAUCGGUGGAUUCAGGAAGUAAACGAUCUAUUGCAUUUCUUAACGAAUAUCUACGUAACAAGGACAGAGAUGUGGCAUUAAUGUGGAGAAAUAUCUCAGACAUGAUAGUCAAAACAUUGCUUGUAUCGAUGCCACAUUUAUUACACGCCUACAGGAUGUGUCGGCCAUGUGCUCCGUCAGGGAGUGAUAGUGUAUGUUUUGAGGUGCUAGGAUUUGAUGUUUUGUUGGAUAGGAACUUAAAACCAUGGUUGUUAGAAAUUAACAGAUCACCUAGUUUUGGAACAGAUGAAAAAAUUGACUGGGAUAUAAAAUCUGCAUUGAUAGAAAAUACCAUUAAACUGCUUAAUAUCAAGGUUAGUGACAAAAGAAGGAAUAUUAAUGCUCAGAAACAGGAAGCACAGAAACGUUUGUAUCGUACGGGUAAAAGACCAGAUGCUCCAGAUGUGUCAGAAUACGAGAAGCGAAGGAUUCACAUUGAAAAAAGGAAAGAAGAACUGAGAGAGUUGUUAGCCAGGAUAAAGAAGCAAAGUUUGAGAGAAGAUUAUGACAACAGGAAUAUGGGAAAAUUCCGCAGAAUAUUUCCAACGGAAGACAAGGCUCGGCAGGAGAAAUAUGUCAGAUUAAUGUCAUCUAUCUUCAACAUCUUCAUGUCAGGGAGAGCACCUGCCAUGCAGAAAGAGAUCCAGAGAAUUUACAAAAAUCCACUCAGGGAAGAAGAUGUUCUAGAUAUGUUACAUGAAUGUGAAGAAUAUGAAAAAGAUGGCAAGUAUCCAGGAGGAGGCAAAGGUGUUGCUAGAGGUCCUAAGCCUUUACAAAGUAUGCCAGUCUGUCAGCCAAGUCCUAUUGAUGACUCAGAGGAAGAUGACGAUGAAAUGACUGAAGGUUCACCAAUGACAACACCUAUGACCAGAAGACCAUCUGCCAGGUCCAGACCAGGGUCAAUGGUUCGAGAACAGAGUGAGUGGAGUGAGGGAGCAUCAAGUACAUACAACUCUCGUCCUAAUUCUGGUGUCAGGUCAAGGCCACCCAGUAAUAUGUCAAUGUCAAAUCAAUCAAAUCAAAGGUCAAGAUCAUUAUCAAGAAUGGUGACAAGUGGGAAAUAUACAUCAUUACAGAGAUCUACAGUUGAUGAUGGAUUUUUGACAAGUGUAGUGAAAGAAAGAGAAGAUGAAUUGUCAAAGAAAACAUUGAUAGCAUUGAAUGAUAUGAGGAUCAAAUUUCCUGGAAAGUCUGAUGAGGAGGCAGAAAUGAUUCUGGACAAGCUGCAUGAAAGUUGGAAAUUUCACAAACCUAGGAUUGCUUCUUAUUGGCUAGUGAAAUUAGAUUCUAUAAAACGGAGAAAGGUGAUAGACAUUGUAAGAUCUAAUGUCAGAGCAGUGUUACAGAGAACAUGGAGAGUGAGUGAUGUUGAUAAUCUCAGAAUUUAUAGAAUAUUUAGUCGUGUAUUCAGUCGUCUGCUCUGGAGUCAUGGACAGGGGCUCUGGAACUGCUUCUCUUCUUCCAAUGGCCCAGCUGGUUGGGAAACAAUAUUCAGCAAGAGCACAGAAAAUAUAAGCGAAUCAGAUAUGAACUGUUGUCGUAGAAUCGUGCAACUGUGCAGGGAUUGUCUCCUCAUUGUAUAUCAGUUUGCUGCAGAGGCAAAGAAUACAUCACAGAGUACCACUAGUCAUUCAGACACUGAGCCUUCGGGACUAGGUAGAGAGAAACCAAUAUCAUUAGUUCCUCCUAACACCCAGACAAUGAGCCAGCGCUACUCAAAACUUUAUCGUGGGGAAGCAUCAUGACAAAACGACUGGUACCUGACGCAGUGCAAUGUUAUUCUUGGAACCAGUAUGAUCAUUUCAGAUUAUUAAGUUUUUUGUUAUCAAUUAUUUUAAAACAGCUGCUUUUUAUUGCUAUAGAUUAUUCAAUCAUCGCUUUAUUAUUCACUUUUAUUGUGUGAAUGAUCUUAAGAACUUUUUUACUUGUACUUUUUAAAAUUCAGUUUCAAAAUUUUACCAAGCAGCAUGACAGAAGAUACUUCCCUGUUUUUAAUUCUCAGGACAAUGUUGAUGCAUGUUUUACCAAUAGAAAAAUAUUAUUUGUGUAAGAUACAUUUAUUAGAUGUUGAAUGGAGGCUUCAGAGAUUGACUUGUUUAAAGUAACUUUAAAACACUUCAUACAUUUUGAGACUUUUUUUGGUAGUGUUUUUAUUCAUUCUGACAAUAGGCAGCUUGACUGCUGUGACAGACAGGGGACCAUUCUGAAGUCUCAAUUUAAUUUCGUUGUUGUUUUAUGAAUUACUCUUAUUGAUGACAAAGACCGUCCAUUUAUAAUCACUGUGAUAACCUAUUUAAGCUGAUAUGAUUUUGAUAUUUAUUGAGAUUUUUACUAUUCCAUCCAAUAAUUUUAAACCAUGUUUAGUCUUUCAUUUUAAGAUUCAAUUAUGUAAUAAUAUUUAAUAUUGAUAGUGCUAUUUUUAUGUAGUCAGCAUUUUUGUAAAUGUUUACACUUGUUAAUUUUGAUGUAAUGUUAUGUCUUCAACUCUUGGAUUGUCAGGUAACAAUGGGAAUAAUCAUUCAGACAGUGUUUAAAAAAAUUUGUCUCAUUAUGAAUGGAACAAGAUGGAAAGACCAUACUUAUGAAACCCUUUUUAAAUAUUAAUUUCUUUCAUUCAUUUUAAACUGGUUGAUUGUGCCAUAUCUGUUACUGACAUUCUGUUUGAAUAUUUUAAAAGUUAUAUUUUGAAAUUAUAUAAGUGUAAGCAAAUUUUUUUUUAUUGUAUUUUUAUAACAAACCAAAUAUUUUUGAGUAAAAGUAUGUAAACACUGCAGGCAAUUACAAAGAUGUGAUAUAUUGUCAUGUACAGUAGUAUCCAGAUGUUAUGUAUAGAAAUGUUUCAUAUAUUCUAUUACUUUGUGAUAUUUUUCUUUUAUAAUAUAUUUUAUGUAUUUAUAUAUGUCAUCAUUUUAUCAUUUUUACAAGAACUUAAUUAAAAAAAUCGUUAUUGAUAUGUUGAAAUUUCCUCAUUUUAAAGUGGAAGAAAAUGAUCAUAAAAAGUACAGCUUACCAAACAUUUCAGUAGGCUUCAAAUUUUAUUUCACUUGCUGUUUUAAAUGUGAAAAAAAAAAAUAAUGAUGAAGAGAGACUUUAACUUUCCCUCAUUCAAGUUAUAAGUUGAUUUUUGUUAGCUGGCAACUAUGAUAUUCAAUUUGAAUUUUCUAGAGCUACCAGAUAUUUAAACAAAUCGAUUUAAACUUCUCUUAUGAGAAUCACCCGUUUUAGGACUUAUAACAAUUACAUCUCUGUGGUUUUUAUAAAAUUCACCUGUUCUGAGGUACCGAUUGUUUUGAAAGACCACUAUGUUAGUUGCAGAAGGGAUGUCUUCCAUUGUAAACAUUAAGAAUAGAUCAGUUUUUAUACGCCCGUCAAAUUUUUGACGGGACAUAUUAUGGUAUACAAAUGUCUGGCGUCCGUCCGUCUGUCUGUCUGUCUGUCAGUCUGUCUGUCCGUCUGCCCGUCUGUCCGUCUGUCUGUCUGUCUGUCCGUCUGUCUGUCUGUCCGUCUGUCUGUCCGGCGUAAACAUGUCGCAUCGUAACUUGAGAAUGACUUAUCCAAAUUUCAUGAAACUUAACAUAGUUGUUUCUUAUGAUGGUCAAACGAUCUGUAUACUUUUUGGUGAAAAUAAGAUUAAAACUUUUUAGGGGACUUAGUAACUAAAACAGGUGUGUGUUUUUUUUCACAUGUCGCGCCGUAUCUCAAAAACAGUUUAUGAUUAUUGCUUAAAACUUUACACACUUCUUAGUUAUAUUAAUCUUAAGAUCUGUAUACUUUUUGGUGAUGAUUCAAAAUUUUAUUUUAGAGAUAUUGAGUAUUUCGUUAAAAAAGGGGGAGGGGUUUUUCACAUGUCGCACCGUAUCUCAAAAACGAUUUAUGAUUAUUGCUUAAAACUUUACACACUUCUUAGUUAUAUUAACCUUAAGAUCUGUAUACUUUUUGGUGAUUAUUCAAAAUUUUAUUUUUGAGUUAUUGAGUAUUUCGUUAAAAAAGGGGGAGGGGUUUUUCACAUGUCGCACCGUAUCUCAAAAACGAUUUAUGAUUAUUGCUUAAAACUUUACACACUUCUUAGUUAUAUUAACCUUAAGAUCUGUAUACUUUUUGGUGAUUAUUCAAAAUUUUAUUUUUGAGUUAUUGAGUAUUUCGUUAAAAAAGGGGGAGGGGUUUUUCACAUGUAGCACCGUAUCUCAAAAACGAUUUAUGAUUAUUGCUUAAAACUUUACACACUUCUUAGUUAUAUUAACCUUAAGAUCUGUAUACUUUUUGGUGAUUAUUCAAAAUUUUAUUUUUGAGUUAUUGAGUAUUUUGUAAAAAAAGGGGGAGGGGUUUUUCACAUGUCGCACCGUAUCUCAAAAACGAUUUAUGGUUAUUGCUUAAAACUUUACACACUUCUUAGUUAUAUUAAUCUUAAGAUCUGUAUACUUUUUGGUUUUGAUUCAAAAUUUUAUUUUAGAGAUAUUGAGUUUUUUGUAAAAAAAAAAGGGGGUUUUCGCAUGUCACGCCAUAUGUCAGAAACUAUUUAUGCUUAUUGCAUAAAAAUUCACACACAAGAGGCCGGGCGUAUCAUGCGCUCAUGGCGCAGCUGUUGAUUGAAGUAUGAUUCACUUUAGAAAAGACCUUAGGUAUUUGUAGCUACACAGUAAAUCAGUGUUAAACAAUUACCUUGCAAGUGGUCUGUUCAACUUGAAUUUUAUGUUUAAACGAUUGUUAAGUUCAUUAAUGUAUUGAAAUCAAUAUAGCUGUGGUACAGGAGCUUGCUUCCUUAGAUUUAUAUUUUUCACCUGAGCAUUUGUGGUUUCAAUACCAAACAUUUUUUUAAACAGUUCUUGUUAAUAUAUACUGAAAAAUACCUCCACAUGGAAGAUAUUAACAUUUGAAAUAUUCAUUUGUUAUCUCCCUUUAUUUAUAAGUUUUCUUCAAUGCUAUCUGUAGAAUGAAUUUCUCUAUUAAUAUGGCUUAUUUGAGUCGUUAUUAAUAUUAUAGAUAAAUUCUUGAAUAUCAUAAUCUGAAUGGCAAAAAUAUUAAGAUCUUCAAACUGUUUCAAGCAAUCAUUCUUUAUGUUAAUUUAUUUGCAAGCUUCCAUAGCUUUAUUUUUUUUCUCAAGUUUUUCUUCUAGUCAUGAUGUGAAAUACUUUUCAUCUCUUUUCUGUUGUUGCACAAUCUAUCUUUUGAUUGAAUUUCAGGAUACAAUAUGUUAUUGUCUUGAUUGUAAACAAGUUUUUUUCCUGUCUUUUACCUUUACUAAAAGUCUUUUUUAUUUGCUUAUUUUGAUAAAUCUUUCAAAUUAAGUAGUACUGCCAUUUUCACUGAAUAAUAGUAAAAUAUGUACUAGCAAAUAUUUAUAGUUUAUAAUUUAUUUUCAUAAAAGCUUUAAUUAUGCCAGAUUCAUGCAUGAUAUUGUUUUGUUUAACUGUGAUAUAUGAGUAUUUAUGAAUCCAUUCAUUCUUGAAAAUAUUCUUACAAUUAAUCUUUAUCAGUGAGAAGCUUUGAUUUAUAUUAUUUUUGUCAUUACUGUGAAUUCAAGAAAACCUCAUGUUGGAAAAAAGAAACCUCCUCUUUUAGUUUCUGUCGAGGUUUAAAAGAAUUUUUUUCCAUUAUAUUGGUAUGAGUGUAGAAUAUAUAUGCAUUAGGGCAAUGGCUUUUAAGAAUGCUUGAGAAGUAAACUAGGAACAAUAAAUAAAUAAAUAUAUGUCAAACAGACUCGUAUAAGUAUAAAUACAUUGAUAGUUAUAUGUUAUACAAAAUGUUUUGGUGUUAAAUUUUCAAAGAUUAUUCCUUGUGUAGAACUGUUUUAAUGAAGCCCACAAAUAAUACUUUUGCUCCUGACCUAUUUUUUUUCACGAAUGAAAUACUGUAAAUUCAGAAAUUAUUGGGUGCAUUUAUUAUUGCGAUUUUUGAAAACUGGACAAAAAUGCGAGAUUAAUUAUUGCGAUGUCAGGAAAAUCUGCAUACAGAUAUAUGUAUCAGAUAUAAGAAUGCGAGUUCUUAUUAUUGCGAUACUCACUCAGUCUUAUUAUUCGCAUUAAUAAAAACCUCACAAUAAUUUCUAAGUUUACAGUAAUUGAAUUUUGUUAUAUAUUAUUUGACAUUUUAAUGCUGUUGUCUUUGUUAAAUUUCAAUAAAUAUUCCUCAAUUAUUGCGUUUUGCAAUUUAAUUUUAUUUCAUUACACCAAAUUUACAACUCUAAGGGGAGAUAAAUGCAUGUUUGAUAUGUGAUAUUUUUUGAAUGAUUUUGUUAGUAUUAUUAUAAAUGCACUGUGAUAAUAUUUUCAUUAUAGUUAAUAGCUUUUGUGAAUCCAGUUUUAAAUGUAGAAUCUUGCAAUGUAUUUUCCUAAAAAGAAUAAAUGAUACUGACUAGUA